AUGGAAAACAGCGACGAGUCACUCGAUCACUCGAAGCAACCCAUCUACAGCUCCGACGAAGAGCGCGACGAGAUGGGCUCAGAAUACCGCUCCCCGCCCCGCCAGAACGACCAAGAACUGCGCCCGCGCCGCAACCUGCGCUCCUCCGUCGAGCCCGAACUCGUCAUGCCUGCCUCGCCCAACGCCGCUUCGAAACAGCGCGCUUCGACGCCGCAUAUGCGGUUGAAUCAGAGGAGUUUGACGAGUGAUGCUGGGGAGAUUAGGAAGAAGACGAGGAGUUCGACACAGAGGUUUCGGAUGGGGGAUCGGAGUUUGACGAGUGAUGCGGGGAAGAUCAAGAAGGGGGGUUCGAGGUUGAGAGAGGAGGUGGAGGAUGAGGAGGAUGAGGAGGAAGAGGGAUAUCCGAGUUCGGUGUGGAGGAGGGUGGUGAGGCCUUUGUUGGGGUAUGUUUUCAGUAUUCUGGGCUUGGUCAUGCAGAACCUAAAGCCGAUUUUCGCGACGGGCGUGGUGGUGUAUCUGCUCGCUGCGGCGGUGGUUUUUGGGAGCGGGUUCUUGACGAAUAGUAUCAACCAUGCGCUGUCGCCGAUUUGUCGAUUACCGUUUACGUCACAUUUGGCGUUCUGUCCGGUUGGGGAUCGCCCGGAGUUGAAGGGGCCGGCGGAGUUUGACAAGUUGGUGCAGGCGCAGGAUGCGUUUCAGGACGUGCUGGCGAGUACGUCUGUGGGAGCGAAUUUGCCGCUGGAUAUGAAGCGCAGUGAGGCGAGCGUAAGGGAUUUGAAGAAUGUGGUGCAGUACAGCAGUCUGCCUUCGAGGAAUGAGCUGGUGUUUGAAUUUGGGGGGUUCAUCGAUACAGCGAGGCAGGCGUCGCAGGAUCUGAGCAAGUUCAAUUCGAGGAUCGGACGGGCUGUGGAUCACAUCCUGAGCACGAACCGCUGGACAUUGAGUGUCAUCGACGGCGUGAACGCAAACGAGGCCUCUCGAGGAGCCAUCGCGGGCUGGGUCGCCAAAAACUUCAACGUCUUCGCGCCCUUCCAACCCAUCAGCCUCUCGCGAAACGUCCUCCUCGACCAAUACCUCCGCCACACCAGCGCCGUGGAAGAACAAAUCCUCAGCCUCAUCAACGAAGCGCUCGCCCUGCGCGACAUCCUCGAAAACCUCGACGGCCGCCUCGACCUCAUCUCGGGCAUCGUCACCCGCGACGACAUCCGCAUCAGCACCUCCAAAGACGAACUCUUCGCGACCCUCUGGACGAAACUCGGCGGCAACCGCUCCUCGGUGCAAAAACUCAACAAACAACUGCAACUCCUCAAAGACGUCAACAACUACCGUCGGGCGGCCUGGGGACACGUCACCGCGACGCUGCUGAAACUGCAGGAGAUCCAGCAUAGUUUGGAGGAUUUGAGGGAGCGGGUGGCGAUGCCGGAGACGGUGGGCGCCGAGAGGGUACCGCUGGAGGUGCAGAUUGAGAGUAUUAAUUUGGGGAUUGAGAGGUUGGAGGGGCAGAGGGAGAGGGGGAGGUUGGUGGAGAGGGAGAAUUAUCGGAGGGUGAUUGGACGGGGGGAGGGGGAGGGGAGGGGGAGUGAGAUUGAGGGGGGUGAGAGGGAGUUGUGA